UCCGACUCCGAGGCCGCCGCAGUCGUCUGCGCGCUGAGCCCCGGCGCCUCGGCUCCGCCGGCUUCGGAGGUGAGGCGGAGCAUGCGUGGCCGGAGCACACGCUCGCCCUGGUGACCGCGGAGCGCGACUGGCCGUGACUCCAAGGCAAGCUGGAGAACCUGGAACAGGUCCUGAAGCACAUGCGAGAGGCUGCUGACCGGCGGCAACAGCUGGAGUUGGAGCAUGAGCAAGCCCUGGCUGUCCUCAGCGCCAAGCAGCAGGAGAUUGACCUACUGCAGAAGGCUCAGGUUGAAGCCAAGAAGGAACACGAAGGCGCCGUGCGGCUGCUAGAG